CAACUAGAGUUUUCACUAAUAUUAAUGGCCAAACUUCUAGCUCAAAAGUUGAUUAUAUUCUGACCAAUGUUGAUUUACGAAAGUGCAAGACAUCUGUUUUUGAGGCCUUUCUUGGUGAUCAUAGAGUGAUGUCACUAGUUUACUCUCGCUGCUUAGAUUUAGAUUCUAAUGAUGACAGGCCAAAAUACAAGACUGUUCGGAUAUUUUCUGAUCAUAGCUUGAGUGUUUUCAGAUCAAAUUUUCUCGAUAUGGAUUUCGACGAACUAUAUGAUUGCGUUGAUGUAAAUGAGUGCUUUCGAAUAUUUUUAGAUAAAGUCCAAUCUCUAAUGAGAGAGUGUUUUCCUUUCAGAAAGAUAGCAUGUCGAGGAAAUGUUGAUAAACGAUGGAUCACUGAUGAGAUCAAAAUGGCUAGCGUAAGAUUGAAAGAUAUAUUCUGGUUACAUGCUAAUAUCAGAUCGUCUGAUUCACUCGAAAUGUACAGGAGAGCCAAAGUAGAUUAUAAUUUGUUGCUUCGUAGAAGCAAAUGUCAAUACUAUAGCGGAUAUAUAAGUGAGUUCAAUAAUAAACAUAAAGCAAUUUGGAACAUUGUCAAUUAUGAGACUGGUCGUAAGUUCAGGGGUGGAUCUGGUAUCAUUCUUAACUUGGAGGGUUCCCUCUGUUCUGAACCAAAAUUGAUAGCUGAAGCUUUCGGAGAUUACUUCUCUAACCUUCCUAGCUCUCGGCUGUAUGAUCAUUAUGGUAGCUCUGUUUCAACAGAGUGUACAACAUGCCCCAUGUCACCGAACACCUUUUAUUUCUACCCAGUUCUCGCAUUAGAAGUCUCGGACGUAAUACGGGGAAUGAAAAAUAAGAAGAGUACUGGAAAUGAUUACAUAUCCAGCUGUUAAGUCUUCUAUAGAAUUCUUUUCCGAGCAUAUUGCCCAUCUUAUCAACCUGUCAGUUGCAAACGGUACCUUUCCAUCCCUUCUAAAAACUGCAGUAGUUAUCCCGGUAUUGAAAAAGAAAGCCGACGUUCAUAAUAUUACUAACUAUCGACCGAUAUCUUUGUUGAGUGUAAUCUCCAAGGUUAU